AUGGGAGAUCAAUCUGAUCCGUCCCAUGCAAAACCUCUUAUGUAUGCUGAUAAACUUGUUGGGAAGAAAACGCUACCAACAACCUCUUAUGACCUAAGUUUGCUUCCAAACCCUACUGUUAAAGAGGGUAAGCCAGCGGUGAUAAUUCCUGAAGAUUUUUAUCAAGAGGGUUGUGAAAUCUGGAAGUUUAGCCUCACUCGGAGACUAGAUUUUACAGAUAUUAUUUUCAGUAUUGCGAAGAAAACCUUGGAAUCUCAAUGGCAGCUUGGUGAUGGGCGUGUCCAGUUCAUUCCUAUGGUUCGUGGCUUUUUUAUUAUCAAAUUGAAAUCGCAGGAAGAUAAGGAUAAGUUGUUUGAUGCUGAAUCUUGGAUUGUUGAACAUCAAAAGCUUAGUCUUUUGGAAUGGUACCCUAGUUUUGAUCCUCAAAGACAAAAAACAUCCCAUGCUUCCGCGUGGGUUAAGUUUCCAGGCUUGCCAAUGGAGUUUUGGUUGGAGAAGACGCUGUUAUCUAUGGAAAAAUAUUUGGGGACUCCUAUUGUGGUGGAUAAGUGUACUUUAGCGCAUGAAUAUGGGUAUUAUGCUUCAGUUCUUAUUGAUAUCAAUUUUGCUGAGCUAGAUACUGAUGGCAUUCAUGUCACAGUCGGAGGUUUGGAUUUUUGGCAGCUAAUUGAUAUUUAUAAGAAACCAAAAUUCUGUACUCAUUGUAAAAUCAUUGGGCAUAAUGAUGGAGAAUGCAGAAAGAAGCAAAAUAGCGUGAGCAAACAGCAAAGGAAUGUUCGGCAGCAAAACAAUCAACAGUUGAACAUUGUUGUAAAGAAUGUGAGUGGUGUUUCUAAAUGGCAUCCAAAGAAGAAUGGUAUUAACAGUACUAUAAAACAUGGGAAUUCUCAUGGUUCAGUUGGGGAUAACAAGAAGGAAGCUGGGCGUAAGAAAAAAGGAAAUAAAUUCCUAAUCAUUCCUUUUGUUCCUGAAAUUUAUGUGGAGCAAGAUGAUGUGCAUGGUCAUCAUUGGGGUGCGUUUUCUCAGUUAAAUGUUGAAGACUAUACACUAGAAAAUGACGUUCAGCACAAUGGUACACAACAGUUUGAAUUCAGUUCGGAAAACCUUGAACUUCUUGCUCAUCUCAAAGCUCAAGUGGAACAAGGUGUUGAAUUAAGUGCUGAAGAGCAUUUUGUUUUGGAGCUUGGAAAAAAUAAAGAAGAAGAUUUAGCUAAUUUAAAGAAGAUACGUGAGGAUUUGGAAAGAACUACACGUAGACCAACCAAUUCAGGAGUUUUAUCUCCGAAUAAAUUCUUUGUUUUACAAGAAGAGGUAAUUUUAUCUGAAUCCAAGGAAGUCACGGGAUUACAAACACACUUGGAUUCAGUACGUGAAGUUGAAAACUUCACGGAUUCUGUUUGCUCGGAAUCAAAUUUGGGUUUGCAAGUAGCACAGCCCAAGGAAAGUUCCGCCAGCUCUGACUUGGGCUUGAAUUCAAAAUCCAUGAAUAUUCGGUUAACAAGUGAGGAAAAUGAGGUUCUUUGCACUAUUACAAAAUUUGAUGUUCAAUAA